UCAAUCAGUUGAGGGUGUAAAUUGUAAACAUUUCUUGAUAAAUUUCCAAUGAAUUUUGUUAUAAAUUGGUUAAUUAUCUUGCUUUUUUAGUAGUAAAGUUCUGUAUUUACCUUUAUAAAUCUUGCAUGCAGUGAUGUUAUAUUCUAAGUAUGGUUGUUUUUCGAAUAAAAUAGUGUUUUUUUAAUGAAUCCUUUCAAUGGCUAGUGACAACGACAAAAGUUCCAGUAAUCAUAACUUGGAUGGUUCCUUGAAAACUAUCAAGAAGCAAGGCAAUCCCACGAGUACUGGUGACUGUGCUGAAAAAUCAAAUCUGGGCAUCACAAAAGGAGGCCGUCAUUUAUCAAUUCCAUUUGAUUCCACAACAGCAAACGGGGAUUUAACAAAAAAACAAAAUGGCUCGACGGUGCGGACGAACAGCCUGGGCUCGGGCGCACGCACGCCUCCCGUCGAGAGGACCAAAUCCAAAUUUUCGGCGUUCGGUAGACUCUUCAAACCGUGGAAGUGGAAGCGGAAAAAGAAAUCUGAGAAGUUUGAAGCGGCUUCUAGAACUUUAGAAAGGAAGAUAUCCGUCCGAGCAAAUAGAGAUGAAUUGGUGCAGAAGGGCAUCCUCCUUCCUGAGAGUCCCGUCACGCCUGUACCUGAAGCCAAUGAGGAUUCACCGACGUACGGCGACGAAGCCCGCAGCGAGUCUGGCACCAGCGUGCAGGACCGCACCAUCGCGGGCAUGCACGCGGCCCUGCAAGCGCAGCUCGCGUCGCAGCUGGCGCAGCAGCAGGCGGCGCUGGCGGCGGCGGUGGCGGCUGCCGCGGCCGCGCACCACCACCACCAGAACAAUAAUGUCAUUGAACCAAAGAAAGACAAACUGGAAAAUGGCGGGGAGUUAAUGAGGCCGGAGAGACCAAACUCUUUGUCUGCUGGAAAGCUUCCGCGGCGAAUAUGUUAUCAAGAUGUUGGGAACAUGGGCUAUGGCCCUUCCGGGGGCGAUGGCGGUGGCGACAGUGCGGAGGAGCAACUAGUUCUAUCCGAGCUGCCAGAACCUCCGAUAGCAGUCUCCGAGAUCGGCCCCAUCCCGCCGCCGCCGAUGUUCAGCUCGCCCAGUCCCACGCGACACCACCAUCAGCACCCUAUCGUGCAACAUCCUCACUCCGACUCCGAAGAGGAGGACGAACAUGAGGAUGACGACCUCGAGCCUCUUCCAAUGGCAGCGGACACCAAUCGCGUAGAGGAGAUCCCUCCCAAGGAGCCGAUCUUUAACGCGGUGCCGCUAAAGUCCGCGCUGAAGAAGCGGCCCGCGCCCAGCGCCUCGCCCGCCGCCACGCCGCUCGCGCCGCGCCAAGACUACCAUCACGCCAGCUUCAAACGGCCGCCGCCAAAACCGAGGAUCCGAAUAUGCAGUAGCCGGCCAGUGCGCGUUGGCAACGCGGCGGAGAACAAGGAGAAUGCGCGGCCUUGGGAAGGAGAGUACCGCGAAGAUGGCGCUAGUGAGUCGGAGCGCGUGGCCGCCAAGCUGGCGCGCAAGGAGAGCCUUAACAUCAAGUUGGCGCUGCGCCCCGACCGACAGGAACUUAUCAAUAGAAACAUAUUAGUGGUGCAAAGCGAGCACGAGCGGCAAGAGUCGUGGGAAGCGAUCGGGGCCCGCCUCAUCCGACGACUGUCGAUGCGGCCCACCGCUGAGGAACUGGUCGAGAGAAACAUACUCAAAAGCCAAUCUCCCGCGGAAGAGAAGAAACAGAAGGAAGAGAAGAAGCGGUAUCUACUGCGCAAACUCAGCUUCCGGCCGACUGUCGACGAACUCAAGGAGAAGAAGAUCAUCCGGUUCAGCGACUACAUUGAGGUUACACAGGCACACGACUACGACCGCCGCGCCGACAAGCCGUGGACCCGUCUGACGCCGCGCGACAAGGCGGCCAUCCGCCGCGAGCUCAACGAGUUCAAGAGCUCCGAGAUGGCUGUCCACGAGGAGAGCAAGCACCUCACCAGGUUCCACAGACCAUGACGGCUGCGGCGGACAGCCGGACCGGACCAGUUAUCGCGCGGCGUGUGAGCGGCGCCGACCGCCCGACCUCCCGACCACACACCCGACCGCGACGGAGACCGACUUCCCUCCGGGGCGUCACCUGUGAUUUUAAACGUUAUUUAUAUAUUGACUUCUUCCGAAAUCCGGAAGGUCGCAAUAACUUACCAAAACGCAUCGGUAAAGUGUUGAAUAUUCUAAAGUUUCUUUGUAUCGCUGUUUCGACGUUACAUAUACAUACACUUUUUUUAAACCCGUGAGUGCAAUCUUGUUUUUAUAAUUACGUUUUCUUGUAUCGUAGUUAUUGCCGAGUACAAUUAUAUUAUUAUUAUGGUAUUGAUUUAUGUUAAGUUGAUGUAUUCUAAGCAUACCUAUACAUUCUUUGAAUUGACCUUCGAGAAAGGUUAGUGAUACUGAUUAUUGUGGUGGAGAUUAAUGCGCUUCAAGCUCAGUCAACUUUGAGUUACGAGCGGUUUGUUUUGAUUAUAUGAGAAGCAUCAGGCGUAGAAAAUUUGUAGUCUUGUGAUUUUUUCUUAAAUGCUAGCUAUAGCUUUGUAGUCAUUAAGCUAGUUUCUAUUUGCAAUCAUAUUUAUUUCAGAAGGAGUUAUUAGUGUCACAAUUUUAUAUUACUUUCACGAGUUCAUUCGGUUCGACGCUCGAUUUGGUACGAGCUCGUUUGGUUUACCUGUCCUAUAAUUUAUAUUUUGAUAUCAUUCAGUAUUUAAAUAGAUAUCUAAGAUUGGACUUUUCAUUAUUUCGGCCAGUAUUGGUCAGUCUAUGAGAUACCUACCACUGACAUUCACUGAUCUUUUAUAUGUUCGAACUAUUCGGUUUUGUGUAAUGUAUUUGUCCUGUAAUUUAACAUCGUUGAGGUAAGGAAAUAGGUGUUAUAUUAGUAAAUAACGUUAUACGUAUUGACUGCGGUCUGUCUCUAGUUUGAAUCCGUCGACUUGGACCAUCUCGGGAGUGCUUCCAAAUGCUGUGCAAAAUAACAAUAAGUUUUUAGCGCGAGUCAAACGCUCGUUUUAUACUUAGAUACAUCUUAGUGUUUGCAAUACGUGAUAAUUGCUCCUUGCUGUAUUCUCACUAUAGCCAAGACUAAGUUUGCUCAAAAUUAGAGUUCGAUGUUUAUACAUAAAAUAACGUAUACUGUUAAUUAUAUUUUUAAAAGCACUGAUAUACCACCUAUCUCUUAUCACUUAGUGUAAUCAAUAUUUUAUAAUUCACUUACAAUUUUAUUUCAAUAACUAAUAAUAUGCUACGGAUGUUAAAUAUAUAUAUAUACCUUAGUUACAGAGCCAUAUGUUCAACAAAACAGUUCUGACCAUUCCAGCAUAAAAGUGAAUAAUUAAAAUGCAAAAGUCAAGACGUAGAGAAAUACUUUAAUACUUCUCGUUUGAACUAGAUCGCAUAUACAGGGAAAGAUUUUGUUGAUAGGAGUCAAAAAUGCUGUAAGAAAAGUAAAAUAUACUCAAGUGAAGCUCAACGAUAGACACCUGUCACAACUCGUGAUCGGAGCGACCUCGCCGGGAACAACUUGUUAUCAUCUUGUCGCUUAGCCUAGCUCUAGCAUAAGUAAAGUUGAACGAAGUAUUGAACUAAUGAUUAAAUUUUAAUAAUCAAAUAACUUAAAAGCUGUAGGUGUUAAUAAAAUAAAUAUACGCCUUCUGAGAUUAUUAUUUUGAUAUAAAACAAGUUUGUUUUGCACCAGAACGAUAAUGUACCUUAAAUUUACAUGAUAGUAUAAUGAGCAAUAAUAUUACUAUCAGUUUAUUUGAUAAAUUGUUCAAUGUUUUGAUGUUGAGAAUAUUUUUUACCUUAUUAUAUAAGUAAUUUUUUCGUAGUAUAAACUUCAUAGAUAGGAAUCAGUUAAUAUAAAUAAUUUUUAAUAAGGGUGAUGUAUUGUUCAGUAGUGGUGCCAUUUGUGAAGUGUUUCCGGGUAAGAAGACGCAGCAUUUCAGUUGUCAAACAUGAUGCAUGUUGGCAGUGGCUCGUACCACGUGCAGUGAGUAUUUGAGCAGAUGUCAAUUUAGUAACAAGUGUAUGUAUUUAUAUGAAACAGUAGGUAACACUUAUUAAACAUAUGGAUACAUUUUCAGUAUGGAAUUCGACCGGUCACACAUUUGUAUUGACGCAGCAUUAUGAUAGCGAGCUACAAAGGUUACAAUGGUUAUUCUUGAGACCAUUCCAUAUAGAUUAAAGUUGAAGCCAAAAUGACGACUUAUUUUUCUAAAUGAUUUUGUUAGAUUUGAAAUAAAACAUAUUAAGAUAAAAUGUUAGAUGUUUAUCGGUAUAUUAUACAAAUAACUUAAUAAGACACUCAGAUUUCCAAAGAAUUAUAGCUCAAGUAAAUUGUUCUAGCUAGCUUACGAUUGCCAUUGUUAGUGUUAUGAGACCGGCAGAGAUCAGCCGCGCGCGCCGGCAAGGCAUUCUUAGGAGCUGAGCUAAACACUACAUUCAAAUAUAUUCGAACAUCACAAUUUGUAUAUACAUAAUUAAUUUACCAAUUAAAUGUGAUACGAAUUUUCUUAUUUUAGUGUUUAAAUAAUUUAAAGUAGUCUCAUAUCGCAAUAUUUAAUGCUAAAAGGUGCUAUCGGUUAGCAUUGAACUUUUUGGAUGGUGUUUUAGUGACCUCUGUUUGCGGCUUGAACAAACGUACUCAAACAUGUUAAGUGUCAGAAUGUAUUACUUUUCUUUGAAAUAAUACAAUUUAUAAGACUAUAUUAAUCAAACAUUAAUUGUAGUAGUUCUGUUUUCUUUGUGCUUUUUAAGUACCUAUUUACAUAUAGAGGAAAUAUUUAAAAUGACAACAAAAUUAAUACCUUCUGUUAGUAUAUCUUCUAAACUUAUGUAUAUCGAUAAACAUUCUUUUGGAUAAUAUUUGUAUAUAAUUUUAUUAUGAAUGAUGUAAAUUAUGGAAUCUCUUUUAUUUCCAUUAAUCGUACGUAACUUUUUGUGCUAUUACAUUUUAUAAUUGCUAUCUUCAGUAAUCUGUAUACUGUUGCUUUUAUUUUUUAAAUUGUGUAAAUUAUUAAUGACAUUAAGUAUAUUUAAUGAUAGCCAUAAAAUUACUUGUUUUAUAUAAAAUAAGUCUGUAAAUACCCUGAUUAUACAUUAAGUUUUAUACUAGA